GCCCAGGGGCCGCCGGAGCCUGCGGGAACCCUUCCCGGUCGUCUGCCCUCGCCCCCAACUCUGUCGCCGGCAGCGGUCCCUGCGGCGCGGACGUCCGGCGCGCGAGAAAAAGGUCCUGAAGAUGGCAUAGUAAUAAUAGAGGCACCUUCUAAGGAUCGGGAGCAUCUUGACCCGUAGGUCCCUGCCCGGGCCAGUGGCGCCGUGUUGAGCUGAAGGAACUUGUCUACUGCGUUCCUGAAAACCUCUUUCCCUCCUAAUUCAUGAGCCAGCAGGAUGCGGUUGCUGCACUUUCAGAACGCCUUCUCAUAGCUGCGUACAAAGGCCAAGCAGAGAAUGUGGUUCAGCUCAUCAACAAGGGCGCCAAGGUAGCAGUUACCAAGCAUGGCCGGACCCCCCUUCAUCUUGCUGCCAAUAAGGGUCAUCUUUCUGUGGUCCAGAUCUUGCUGAAGGCUGGCUGUGACCUUGAUGUCCAGGAUGAUGGGGAUCAGACCGCCUUGCACCGGGCCACAGUGGUGGGGAACACGGAUGUCAUUGCAGCGCUCAUCCAGGAGGGCUGUGCUCUGGACCGCCAAGACAAGGACGGGAAUACGGCCCUACACGAAGCAUCCUGGCACGGUUUUAGCCAGUCAGCCAAACUGCUCGUUAAAGCAGGAGCCAACGUGCUUGCCAAGAACAAGGCGGGGAACACCGCUCUGCACCUGGCCUGCCAGAACAGCCACUCCCAGAGCACUCGCAUCCUCCUGCUGGGCGGGUCCCGGGCCGACCUCAAAAAUAAUGCAGGCGAUACCUGUUUGCACGUUGCCGCACGCUAUAAUCACUUGUCCAUCAUUAAGCUCCUCCUCAGUGCUUUCUGUUCUGUCCAUGAAAAGAACCAGGCUGGAGACACAGCGCUUCAUGUUGCUGCCGCCCUAAAUCACAAGAAGGUGGUUAAAAUCUUACUGGAAGCUGGAGCAGAUGGGACCAUUGUUAAUAAUGCAGGCCAGAUUCCAUUGGAGACUGCCCGCUACCACAAUAAUCCGGAAGUUGCUCUUCUCCUCACUAAAGCUCCCCAGCAAAAACAGAUUAGUUUUCGAACUUAUUAUGCCUGAUAACUGUGAGAAGGUAAAGUCUCAGAGAGCCAGAGGAAGAUUCCAGAUACCAGCCUGCUGCGCCUGAGCCCCAUCACCCCAGGGGUCUGCAUGGCCUUUAUUUCAUUUGUUUUCAAAACCUACCUGAUAUAACUAGCAGAUUCUGGAAGUGGUGAAGAUUUUUGCCUUCUGAAAACUGAUCACCCUGUUGCCCACGGAGUUGGUCCUUCUCAGUGGUGUCUGGAAGUCUGUGGAAUCCCUGACAGACACAAGUCAAGUGGUCCUUUGGAAAAAGUUUCCACUUCUUUCCGACUAUUUGCAAACAAAUCAUCAACGGAAUCACAUCCAUGAAUCCUGGUAGAAAAAUGCUGGUCUUUUACAGAUCAAAAAGUAUGGGAUGCUAUAAUAAAGGUCAGAAUCCAUCUCUGUUCUAUGGCAUUUCAGUGUUUGGCAGUUUGGAGAGCCAGCUCUGUCCUUGGCUGUAUGAAGAUCAUCGAAUUUUGUGGGGUGGAGUAUCCCCAAGGCACACAGAAUUAUAGGCCUUUAACCCACCUGCCCUUUGUUUUCCAGAACUCAAGGAUCUGAGUUCAUAGAGAAAAAGCUUUACCGUGGACCAUUUUCCUGUGUGAUUCUCCUUUAGUGUUUCCAUUAAAAAAAAAAAAGACUUCAGUUUUUCCACACCCAUUUGAAUGGCAAAUAAAAUGACAUUUUAUGGAAUAUUUUAUGUAAUUAUAUAUGCUAAACUCUAUUCUCAACAUGAAGAAGGAACUUUGGAAUGUGCAUAAAAUUGUAUACAUGCCGUUCUUCUGUUCUGAGGUUCUAGAACUAGCCUUCCUGUGUGUGAAACAGGAAAUUCCUUGCCUUGGGAUGUUAGCUGACCAUGGAUUUCACUGGCUCACAGCAGUACUAAGAGGUUACUUUCUAAAGAUCCAUAUACCCUGAUUUCCGUGAACUGGAAAAGAUUGAUGACCUUCCAUUUAGUAGACGACAUGGUUCGCUGAGAAAGGCUGUAAGCCAUGCAAAGUUAUUUUCAUUGGCUAAUAACAUGGUCUAUGGAGGGAAUUAUUCUGAUGAUUUGAGUGACCUCUGAGUAUCCCUUCCCAUUUUAGAUUGAUACGGUUCACAAAUGCUUCUGAAAGUGAAUUUGGGGUUGAUGUUGGGGCUGUAUUCUGUUCCAGGAGUCCAUAAGCUGAAUGAGCAAAGGGCACUAGUCACUCCUCAUCAGACUUGACUUCCUAGUGAGUCUGAAUUUAGCUUACGAAAGGGCUUAGGACAGUGGCUUUCAGACCUUUUGGUCUAGGGACACUUAAUGUUCUAGAGGCCCAUAAAGAGCUGUGUUUGUAUCUGUUAAUAGUUACCAUAUUUGAAAUUCAACUUGAGAAAUGUUUUUAAAUGAAUAAACAUUUUUAACUCUAUGUUACCACAAAAUGAACUUGUUUUUGUGAAAAGUAACUUUAUCAAAACAAUUUGUGUGAGGAGAGUAAGUAGCAUUAUUUUUCAUUUCUGCAAAUCUCCAUACUGUUUUCCUAAAAGGAAGAUGCAUGUGAUCCAUUGGAGUAUCGUGUGCAGCUUCUGGUAAACACCGCUGUAUACUCAGUGUGAGAGAGAAAAAGGCCGACAUUGUUGUAAUAUUAUGAAGGUAAUUUUAGCCUUGGUUCCAGGACACUUUCAGAGCUGUUGGCUUAGGGGAUGAGAAUACAGUUUAAAAAUCUGGUUCAGCCACAGGCAGAUAUUGUCAGGAAUUCUCCAUUUAGGUGGUACCUGCUGCCCAUAGAGGUUUGUCCCAUAAUAGUGUCACUUGAAUUUAAUGAACACAAAGUUGAACAUUGAGCUAAAAACUAUGGUGAGCUAUCUACCUAUGAAGACAAGAUGUUUUAUUGCAGAGAAAUUGUGAGACCUUGAAAAAGGUGUUUUUACUUGCUGGACCUCCUUGGUUAAAGGGGGUGCCCCUGGAAAUGGGAAGGAAGGGGCUUGGGGGAAGGGUCUGGAGCUGGGCCAGAGAUUGAAGGUUUCUGAGAGCUCAAAGAUUUGUACCCUCGUUAAACUUCCUCUGCCAGUCAAGGUACUCUAGGGAGCAAGGCAGGAGGAAGACACCUAACAGUGAUUGAUGGUCCAGGGUGUACCAGCCGCCUGCUUUGUCGUCGUUAAUUCCAUUAACUCCCCAUAUUUACACUGGAGAAUACAGAGAGGGCAAAUGACCUGCCCAAAGAUUCUACAGCUAGCUGCUACUGGGUUCCAAAAUCAGGCUAUCAGACCCCAUGUCUACAUGCGUGUGUCUGUUCUACCUUCCUGCACUCGAAGGGGCAGACCAAAUGCUUCCUUCUGGGGAGGAGAUUCCUGUCCCAUGGUUGGGACCAUGGUUCACAGACACACUUCAGUGUUUGAAUCAAACUGCAAAUAUCCUUGAAUACGGUUUGGUCAAGAGAAAAUCUGAUGGGCUAGUUCAGAUCCCAUGUACCAAGAUGGUGAGCCUGUGCCUGGCCCGGGGCUGCCACGUUUGACCACUCCAGGGGAUGCCAUUCCUGUCCUAGUCUCUGUGAGUGGCAUUCCCUGGAGCUCAGCCAUACACAGCCUACACACACCUAUACGGUGGCCGUGGCCCGGCACAUAAAUGCCUGUUCUCGUCCUAGACCGUAAGCUACUGGAGAUCAGGGAUAAUGUGCUUCUCCUCUCUGGGUCCCUAGAGAGCCCGGCGCAGGACCUAGGAAGCCUAGCAGACAGUCUGGAAGUGCUUGUUGAUGUGAACGCUUGGUCUCUCCCACUAGGCUGGAAGCUCCAUUAGAUCAGAGCACCAGGUCCAAGGCCGAGUCCAUCACAGUGAUGCUGCGCACGCCAGUGGUUUGUAAUCUUGCCUCUU